AUGCCGACUUUUCGCCUCAAAACCGUUUUCCCCCUCAUUGCACUGCUCUCAAUAGGGCUCUUUUUCUGGUGCAUUGAGCGCUAUGAUCGCGAAGCUCUCACGCGAUUCAAACACCCUGUCGAUCGAGUGACAACAGGUGCGCCGCAGAUCCAGCUCCAGCCUACGCCGUCCGUCGCGAAGCAAUGUGACGCGGACCCGAACAUCAUGCCUCCUUUGCCCUUCAACGAGUGGCUUCUCCGCAAGAACUAUACCCGUGCCUACUUCCGACCCAACUUCCAGCCUCCUAAGACCGAGUUCAAGUCCCUCGAGGAAAUCAACACUCCUGUCCUCCCCCCCAUGACAGUCCUUGAACGUGGUAUGGUCAUCUCUCCGUCUAAUAAAGAGGAUGGCCUGCCCUGCCCCUCAAUCAUCGACGUGGAUGUUGCCGCCGAUCACGAUAUUGACGAGACGGAUAAGCUGCUGUUUGGUUUGGCCACAUCUGCGGACCGCUUGGACCGUCUGCUUCCUUCUCUGCUCUACUCCUAUGGAAACACCAAGGCCGGCAUCAUUGUUUUGGUUCCCAACUCCGAGGACGACAUUGCGAAGCAGGAGACCUACUUCCGCAACCGAGGUCUUGAUCUGACGCUCAUCAAAUCCCCUCUGGAAUUCACUGCUCGUUACUUCGGCCUUGUCAAGGCGUUCUCCGAGGUUAUCCGCACUAAGCGCCCUCAAACAAAGUGGGUCAGCUUUAUUGACGACGACACUUUCUUCCUCUCGCUACCGACCAUCGCCCACGAAUUGAAUCUGUUCGAUGUCAACAAGAAGCACUACAUUGGUGCUCUGUCUGAGGCCAGCUGGCAGGUUGACACUUUCGGCCACAUUGCUUUCGGAGGAGCUGGAGUUUUCGUGUCCAAGCCUUUGCUAGACACACUUGACCAUUACUACGAUGAAUGCCAGUCCUGGGGUGAACAGCCUGGUGACCAGAAGCUUGGCCAGUGUAUCCAGCGAUUCGGUGACACUCCUCUGACCCUCUGGCCAUCGCUGUACCAGAUGGACAUGAAGGGAGAGGUUGAUGGUGUCUACGAAUCCGGUCGCAAGAUCGAGUCUCUCCACCACUGGAACAGCUGGUACACUAAGGAUGUCGUGAAGAUGACUUCCGCUUCUGCUGCUGCCGGCCGCCGCUCUGUCCUUCGUCGCUGGGUCUUCGACCAGGAAGAAAUCGUCAACAACGCUACCGGGAAAACUAUCCGAACAUUCUGGGUUUUCACCAACGGGUACUCGCUUGUUAAGUACACCUACGACGAGAAUACUCCUGAUGACGCUAUCAACUUCGACCACGCGGAGAAGACAUGGGAGGAAGACCCUCGCGGUUACGAAGCCCGCCUUGGACCUCUUCGUCCUCGGGAUCAGGAGGGAGUUACCAAGGACAGGUGGCUCCUGCGGGAAUCCUACGUCGUUGGUGACAAUGUCCAUCAAUGGUAUGUGCGUGAAGAAGAUGAGGGCCACAGUGUGAUCGAAAUCGUCUGGCUCGGCCCCAAGGGUGGCGGUGGUGCUGGUAUCAGGGAUUUCGCUGUCAACAUCCACUAA